AUGGAAUUGUUUGCUAAUAAAUACCAAAACAAAGAAAAUAAUAAUCCAGUAUUAGUUCCUAGUCUGCAUGAAAUCAUGUAAAAAGAAGGAAUCUUUGCUAAAACCAAUACUUCGAUACAUUCUCAUAAUAGAUUUUAUUAUAGAAAAUAAAGACAAUCUAUUGUUUAACCCAUUCAAAAUCCUCUAAUCGGUCAUUCCAAUAGCUCUUAAUCAAUCCACAAGGAUAUUGAAAAGAUUGCUAAAUAAUUAUAAUCUUAGCAUAUUUAAACUAUUACUCAAUUCAAUUUUACUUAACCACUAAAAGAGAGAUUCCCAACUUAAUAUUCUCAUCCUUAAAAUACUUAAAUUAGUGAAGUCUUGGAAUUAUUUGAAAAGGAAAAUUUAAUGAAAAUUUAAUAAAUCAAACGAUAUACUCCAAGAAGACCAUAUACUCCAUAAUUAAAUUGUAAAUUACCUUCUUUAAUUGAUGAAAAUAAGAGUAGAGAUUAGGAUAACAGUGAAAAAGCAGUUCCUCUAUUCAAAAAUAGACUCUUAUUAAGAAAAACUAUUAAUCCUUCUUUAGAUAGAAUAAAAAAAAUAAAUUAACCAAUAGCAGAAGUAGAAGGAAGACAUAAAAGAAUAGCUUCUUAGAUUCUUAAUAACCCUAUAAAUUUAAAUUAAUAAAAAACCCAUAAAAAUAGAAUUGAUAAAAUUUUACAAAACUCAUAAAAAAUUAUAUCUAUUUGCAAUAAAAUACCAGAAAUAUAAGAAUAAAUAGAUGAAGAUCAACUAAUAAAUUUAAUAAAUUCUGAUCAUUUCAAAAUUGAAUUUUAACAUUUACUUAAUAAUUAACAAGGUUGUAAUUCAAAUAUGAAGCUAAUUUUAUAAAAGUUUAUGAUUGAUUAAAUAAGAAAGAUGAAAGAGUUAGAGGAGGCUGAAAAUAAUUUAGAAUGUAAUAAAUUUUAUAUAUAAAAAUUUAGAAAAAAGAUAAAAUUUCUCUCGAUUAUUAACAAAUUAUAUAUAGGAACUGAAAGAGAAAUUAUGA